AUGGACUCACGAAGUAGCAUCACAGACUGGAAUGAAGAUGACGUGCAGCUCUUUUUGUCUGGCCUUGGCUACUCACAAUACGAGAGCCAAAUUCGAGAACACAAUAUUUCCGGGGAUGUCUUGUGCAUAGUAGAUGCCGAAAGUCUCAAGGAGAUUGGGAUAGCAACAGUGGGCCAACGUCUUGCGAUUCUCAAAGCAAUAUACCUCGCCAAACUCGCUCACAACGUACCAAUCGAACCGGGCCAAUACGUUCCACCAUCCGAAGCCGAGGAACGGGCGGAGAGCCUCAGUGUUGAUAGACUGUAUGAUCUUAUUCGGGAACAAGAUGAACGACUUCGAUUGUUGGAAGUCGACAAUCAACGACUUUUUCAGACUGUGCACAGCACGUUAGAGGACUUGAAUAGCCUGAGGUCGUCUCAAAGCAGUCGGGCGGAAGAAAGCCCUGUCGCUAGGCAGUCCUCUUUCAAAUGGGCUCAAUAUGUCAAAUCCACUGGCUCGCCGACAAAACCCGAAAUUGUAGAAUCUCCUCAUGCAUCACCACACCGCCUCGAGCAUGAUACGUCCUAUAACCGACUUCUAAAUCCCCCAAUGCAAUCUACCUCACAACUCAAACCGAAUGGUAUCCACUCUUCACCGAAUCCCAAUGGGAACUCUGUCGCCCCUCCUAAACCCAUUCGGCAGGAAAGCUCUGAUAAUCUCAAGAGUUUCAAAGUUAGCCUGGAAGACCCUGCAUGGAAAGUUUUACCCGCAGCGCUACGGAAGUACAAGAUCAACAACGACGAUUGGCAGAAUUACGCCAUGUUCAUCUGCUAUGGGCCUCCAAACACACGUCCAGCUUGUGUUUUUUUUCACUUCUCUUGUCCUUGCCAUCAUCUGCAUUCGACAUACAUGUUUUGUCGCACGCGCAUGCAUGCUGAUCCAUCCGUGUAUCUAGGUAGUCGCAUUGAGCGAUGUCUCAGCUACGAUGAGAAGCCGUUAUUGCUUUUCCAGAAACUCAAAGACGCACAGAAAAACCCGGUAUUCAUGUUGAAACAUAUCAAGGAUAUACGUUCGCCUAUCGCUGUUGCGCAGCAGAAGCAGGCUGCGCGAAAGGCAUCGUCAAGCGACCCCGCCGCCGCCGCCGCCGCCAAGAAAUUAGGCCCCGGUCAUGCCCGAACGCUAUCGCGUCCACCACGACUGCAUGUACAGUCAGAGACUGCGCUAGGUAAUUCCACAGGUGCUGGCGGGCAUCCCGGUUCUCCGGAAGUCAUGUCUCCUGCAAUUGAUAACCGGGAGCGAGAGGAUCUUUCCGUGGAUAGAUUAGGUUUGACUCCCGAAAGAAAGGUGGUGCCAGGGGACAGAGCAGGGGAAGCGCCGAAGUCGGCGGUGCCGCUGACAGCAGUGACAGCGGCCUCGACGCCAGAGGAGUCAAGCGCAGGGGGCACUCCCGCGAGGGAAGUUCCUGUCACUUCAGAUAUAUCGUACGCAGUGGCGAUCUACCCGUACAUGGCCGAGCAAGAGGACGAGUUCGAUGUGGUUGUCGGAGACACAUUUGUUAUCAUUUCUCGAGCCCGUGGUUGGUGGGUUGUGCAGCGUGACCCGACCGGCUCUGGUAUCGUCGAUUCAGAUACGUCGAAGCAGGGUUGGGUUCCUGCUGGCUGUCUUUUGGAGACGAAGAUUCCAGUAGCCGUCGCUAUUGCUGAAGCACAUGCAAUAUCUCCAGGAUCACGACCACCAACACCGGACUCCAAUCACAAGACUCCUAUCUUGCCAUUGAAUAUAGUGUCGACCAGCUUCCCUGGAUACGCGUUGAUGGAUUAUAAGAAGAAAGGCGAAGAGGAGUUGGACCUCCUGAAAGAUGACAGCUUAAGAGUCUUCAAGCGGUACAACCAUUGGUCAUAUGCAGUGAAAGAAGACGGAGGAGAUCGUGGCUGGGUCCCGUCAUGGUAUAUCGGCAAGGUCUCCUCUUCUGGAGCAACCCCGGCCACACCCGGUGUUACUGCUGUUCCCAAUCUCAACUCCUCAGUCACUCUCGAUGCGAACGACACACGGCUGUAUUCUGGUGAUCCCUCCAUCAGUGGACCACAGCCCCAAGUAUCGCCCAUGUCUUCUGCAUUCCCGCCUCAGGCUAGAGCUACGACAGUCAUCUGAAAUCCCAGGGUUAAAGCGAACACGCACCACCGUUCCUUGCUAUUACAGCUCCUCUAUACUUCCCAUAUCAGGCGAACAUCACCUCCCAUCCUCCUUCAUUACUGUUACAUAUUUCCAGCUCUCGAAGUUUUCAGCAGCUCGUUUUUCUCAUAUUUAGUUAUGACAGGCCAUUCAUUGUUGUUCCGUGUACCUUUGCACUAAAGUAUCCCAUCUAUCUUUCGCUCUUCGCCUUUUGGUUCUCGUUGCUUAUACCAUGCGUUCACUCACGACAUCUGAUGUACAUUACUUAGCAUUUCGUUCAAUAUUUUCGGCCCGUGGCGGUCUAAUGAAAUCCGUCCGACC